AUGGAAACAGCCUGCAAAGAGCCUGAGGAGCAGCCACGGAGCUCGCCCAAGGCGGAUGAGGAGCGGCCUCCUGUGGAGCACUCUCCCGAAAAGUCGUCUCCGGAGGGGCCGUCUUCGGAGGAGCAAUCCUCGGAGGAGGAGUUCUUUCCUGAGGAACUCCUUCCUGAGCUCCUUCCUGAGAUGCUCGCGUCCGAGGAGCGCCCUCCUCAGGAGCGCCUGUCUAGGAAGGACCUUUUUGAGGAGCGCCCUCCCAUGGAGCAGCCUCCUUGCGGAGUGGGCAAACAUAAGCUAGAAGAGGGAAGCUUUAAAGAAAGGCUGGCCCGCUCCCGCCCGCAAUUUAGAGGGGACAUACACGGCAGGAAUUUAAGCAACGAGGAGAUGAUAAAGGUAGCAGAGGAGAUGGAAGAGAUGAAGCGAGUACGAAACAAACUGAUGAUCAUGCAUUGGAAGGCAAGGCGGAACCGUCCUUAUCCUAUUUAAUGUGUUCGGCCUGGUAUAAGUAUUAUCACCUGAACUUUGUUUGCUUUUUCUCAUAUACCUUAAUCCGUCUUCCUAAUCUUAACUUUGCGUGGCUUUAUUUGAGGUGUUUCGCUUGUAACUGGCGUAAAAUUGCCCCAUCUGCAAGUCCUCUUUCUAUCAUGAGCCUUCUCCAUUUGCAUGGAAAGAUGUACAUUAUGUAUUGUGAAGUGAAAAAAGCAUUUUCAAAAAGUAUAUGUAGUAUCCCAUUUUUGUAAAAAAUGUAUAUUUAUAUAUUAAUAUGCAAAGAAAAACAAAGUAUAUACUUCAGAGGCUUAACAGUGGCUAUCUGUGUGGUAAGGUAACAGGUGAUUUGUUUGUUUUUCAUUUUUGCUUCACCUGAAUUUCUCAUUUUUUCAAGAUGAACACAUUUCACAUGUUGCAAAAAACCCCAAUGUAAUGGAAAAAACUGUAAAGCAAUCAAACUGUCAAUCAGCUUAUAAAGAUAAUGUGGCACUUAAUAAAUACUUGUCAGAAUUU